GGUCAAGUCAACAUUUGGAUUGCGCCUCGACCAGUUCUGAGGCCAUCCGAGACACAAAACAAACUCCUUUGAGGGCUUUAAAAUCAGCCCCAGGUCCGGAAAUAAGACAAGGAAAAAAAAAAAAAAAAGCCCUCGGUUGCUGGUCCAGUCCUGUCCACAACUUGAAGUCUCCAUUCCUGCCACCCGCACGCACCUUCCUUCUCGGCCAAACCCCCCCCCUGGACUGGAAACGGCAACGGAAACUUUUAGUCUUCAUCUCUUCAGUCGAAGCCACCAAAAAGCGACGACUGAACUGGGGCCUCUCGUAUUCACUCUAUACUAGGACGAGUGAAUACCAUUACUUCAUACCAAUUCAAUUCCCUCCUCCUUCUGUCUCCCGACCCGCCCCAUACCUUAUCACUGGAUCUUACUACACAUACCUCUACCCUACCUACUUCUACCUAUAUCAUUCUUUAUUUCAAUUGCCGCGUCUUCUCCCUCAAAUACCCCAGAUCUGCCCCUCCAUGACAUAGGCUCUGAUGCCGUUGUCUUAAUUCAGUAAUCCUUUUCGUUGAUCUCCCAACCGUCUGUCACCACGCCACCCUGCCACAUCCUUGAGCAGACCCUGACACGCCGAGACAUCGAUCGACCUUCUCUUUUUUUUUUUUCUAUCUCUUACUUCUACUACAUACUGGCAGGACAGGAUAUUAGUAGCUUCCUGGAGGCACAUCACCGUUUGCCGUUUCGGCCUCUGCGUCGAUUUCAGGCGAUUCCGGUGCCGUCUCCGUCUUUGUUUCUCCAACCCCCAGUCCCCUAUCCCUUAUUGCCUGACGACAUCCUUCACCACUCAGGGGCACAUUUUCACCAUAAUACCACCUCCCGCGAUUGUCGCCCACCAUGGAACGACUUCGCAGUAUAACCCAGGAGAAAUGGGCGUGGAUAUGUCACCAUAUUGGUUUUCGGCCCAGGAAACUGAUGACCGAAGGCCACUUCCAGUAUCAAACAGUACACUAUACCCUCAUCAUUGGCCUCACAAUAGUUGGCUCAAUUCUUAUUUACGCCUCCCACAGGGGCCAAGUCGCCUAUGUCGACGCCCUCUUCUUCGCUGCUGGGGCGUGUACCCAGGGCGGCCUCAACACCAUUGAUGUUAACCUGAUCAACACCUUUUCCCAGGCCGUCAUCUUUUUGCUUGCCAUGCUCACUAACCCAAUAUCAAUCGGCUAUUACACGGUUUCCCUACGCAGAUAUUGGUUCGAAAAGAAGUUGCAGACCAUUGUCCAGGACGCCAAGCAGCGGAGAGGCACGAUUUCAAAGUCAAAAUCGCAGAUGCGGACCGACUUUCUAUCACAGGCGGAAAGAGGUGUUGCUGGCCGAGAGAUCACCGUCAUGCACGGUUCUGGUAGUCCACGCAUGACCAACGACGGCAUCUUGCUGGGCUCGUUCCAGAAGCCCACGUACGACAGCCGCGCGCCCCCCGAUCAGCGAGAUCCUGAUCAGCCCGAAGAUACCCGUCGACAGCCCGAAAUCAGGUUCGCCGGCACCGUGAAGAAGAGCGAUGGACUUGGCUUGGAUGCGAUAAAGCUUCCUCGGUCGGACGAGGAGCAUAUCGCAAUUCUUGAGCGACAGCGCAACCGAGACGACGAGGUGCUUCGAAUUCCCGGUCCAAGAGACAUGGAACGAGGCGCUAAGCCUAGACGGGUCGAUGAUUCUGCCGAGGAGGAUGACCGCGAGCCAGCUCAACGUGCGCCCAUGGUGACGCUCAAUGGCCGCGCACAAGCCAUCACCAUCGAGGAGCCCGACAGAAAUAAGUUAUACGAAACGCUGACGGAAGAUUUCGUCGACGAUGCCAAGAUGUUCACCCACUCUUUCGUGCCGCAACUCAACCAUCUCAAGUUCAGGAAGAACACACGGGCCCCUACCAGGAACCGUGGUGACGAGGAGGCAGACCCCAAACUGCAGCGGUCAAAUUCGAGAAUGUCUAGGCGCCCAUCGCUCUCAGCCAUGAGGUCGGCCUUUACCAAAGACAAGAUGGAGCCGACGCCCUACCUCAGCUGGGAACCGACACUGGGACGCAACUCCCAAUUCCACGACCUGACGGAAGAGCAACGCGAGGAGCUGGGAGGUAUCGAGUACCGUGUCUUGAAGUUGCUGCAGAAGAUCAUUCUCUGCUACUUCUUCGGUUUCUUUCUGUUGGGACUUGUCGGUUUGCUGCCGUGGAUCCUCCAUGAGGACCGCUGGGGUCAGGUUGUCGACCAGGCUGGCCAAAGCAGAGUCUGGUGGGCCUUCUUCACCGCGAACUCUGCUUUCAUGGAUCUGGGCCUUACCUUGACCCCCGACAGCAUGAACUCGUUCAAUACCGCUGUCUGGCCCUUGCUGUUGAUGAUCUUUCUCAUCAUCAUUGGCAACACCGGCUUCCCCGUCAUGUUGCGGUUUAUCAUUUGGGUCAUGUCCAUCGUCGUUCCGCGCGACUCGGGCCUCUACGAGGAAGUGCGAUUUCUGCUUGAUCAUCCUCGUCGCUGCUUCAUUCUCCUCUUCCCGUCUGGGGCGACGUGGUGGCUCUUUUUCAUCCUAAUCGGGCUCAAUUGUGCUGACGUUGUCUUCUUCGUCGUCCUGGACUUGGGAUCUGGGCCUGUCGACGCCUUACCUGGCGGUAUCAAGGUCCUCAAUGGGCUCUUCGAGGCAGCCUCAACGAGGACAGCUGGUUUUUCCUGCAUCAACCUCGCGGUCCUGCACCCGGCCGUCAAGGUGUCGUACAUGAUCAUGAUGUACAUCAGUGUCCUCCCCAUCGCCAUGUCGAUCCGUCGCACAAACGUGUACGAGGAGAAGUCUCUGGGCAUUUACAACAAUCCUGAAGGUGAGGAGGAAUCGGCUUCUCCGUCCAGCGAUUUGUCCUACAUCGGCUCGCAUUUGCGUCGCCAGCUCUCUUUCGAUUUGUGGUUUAUUGCUCUCUUCUUCUUCAUGCUCGCCAUCUCGGAAGGCACGCGGAUCAUGGACGGCGAGACCGAUAUGUUCGCGCUCAUGUUUGAGGUCAUCAGCGCCUACGGUACAGUCGGCAUGAGUCUUGGUUUUUCCACUGGUAACGCCUCUCUAUCGGCCAUCUUCAGCACGACAGGAAAGGUGUUCAUUAUCAUGACGCUGAUUCGAGGUCGGCAUCGUGGUCUUCCCUACGGCCUUGACCGUGCCAUCGUCCUUCCCAAGGAGCUGAACAGCAGCUCUUCCGAGGACGACGGGGUCGAAAGACAGCGUUCACACACGUCUGCCAUGAGUACUGGCCGUGAUGCCUGGAGCACCACCAGCAGAACGAGCCGCAGGCGUCACUGGCGCCAACGCAGCAACGACAUUGGCAACCAGAUCUUUGGCGCUCUGCUCCAUCCAGGGCCGCCCAGAGCCGCCAUGCCGCUGGAUGGACACCGUCCCCACCACGUUCCUCACGCGCAAACCUGGCACCCUGUCCACUUUGGUUCCGUCGGUAAGGCGCGGCCCUUAAAUAGAGACUCGCAUCACGGAAGCGUUGGCAGUCAGGGCGUCACCGGCCUUGGAGGUGGUGGCGGCGGUAACGGCGUCGGUAGCGGUGGUGGAGACGGCAUUAACCCUAAUGGCUGGCAUAGCAUGCGUAGGCGAGCAACGAAUCCGGAGCAACACCGCGAGGAGACGAUUCACGAGGGCUUCCCGUUCCCAUCUGACUCGGACCGCCGGCCUGAGUCCGAUCAGAAUACCCUGACGGACCCGCCAAGGCUGGGAGUGGGAGUGGAUCAUAAUCUGAAGUUGAUGAAGCGCAAGUCGGAGCCCAGUUUCCCGUCCACUCCUACUGAUUUUAGCGAGUGAUGGAUGUUUCUUGUUCCUAUGGCGAGGAAGAGGAUUUUAGGGUUUUAUUUCUUUCUUCAUUCAUACAUACCUCUCUUCUUACGUAUGGUGUUUUCUUUUCGGUCUUCUUCAACAAUGAUACCACGAUUUUUUUUCUUCUUUUUCUUCGGUGUUAGAGAGGGGAAAAAGGAAGGAAGGGUACACAUGAUAUGAUAUGGUACGAUAUGGUAUGAUACGAUAAUCCCCCUGGUUUUUGGUGUCUCGACAUACACAUAUCAUAUUCGACUCAUUGGCAUUGGUACACUACACAUUACGCUGCACAUCACACAUUACACAUGACAUUACAUCACACCGGCGACAAGCGAGGCGUUUUUCUUUUUCAUGCUACAGGACAUGUGCAGCUUCAUGAGACGGAAAAGUUCCGAAGGGCGGAAUUUGCAUCUUCUAGAUUCGCAUAUAUACGUUGCGCGCCUCACCGGCUUGUUUUGGCUAGGCUUGGCUUCUUAGAGGAUACAUACAUAACUUAUUAGAAGACGAACGGCGGCCUGUUACAGAGACCCGAGGAAAGCGAGCAAUGUUAAGGAUUUUAAUAUGCUUGCAGGAUCUCUGAUAGACGCUACACACAGCUCGCCAUCCGCCGCUACAUAGGCAUACAGACAUGGUACAAGUUUUUCUUGGGGGGAGAAAGGUAGAAUAAUAGUCCUUGUUAGACUACCUUGACCAGUAUCUUGUCCUUGCAACUUGUCGAUGUUGCUAACUCAGUUUCGAACAACUGUAUCUGUAUCUGUCUCUG